UUACAAUCAUACACCAACAACCAGAUAUGAAAAUUAAAAGGAAGCUGUGAAGUGGCUUUUUCUUCCCCCAACAUGGGGUGGCCCACAUGACCUUGUCUGUGUAAACAGGUGCCAGGGCUAAGAAAGAGCAUAUUUUCUCUCUUAUAGAGAGCAACACCAUUUUGGCAGUCCCAAUACAAAAACAGUCAUAAUAUUUUUUAAUAUUAUCUAAAAGAUAAUGAUGCUUAGAACCAUCAAGGCCAAAUAUUGCUGUUUUCGUCAACAGCUAUUCACUGCAAAAUACUUAAAAAGUACAGAAAACAUUUGUCUGUCAUAUCUCUUUUGUUUUGUUUGUUCCUCUUUCUCAAAGCAGUUUGUCUUCGUCAUAAUUGUCCUGAUUUUCAAGACUUGUUUCUCUUAAUUCCCCUUGAUGAGGAAUUUUGCAGUUGUUUUUUCACAGAUUCACCAGCAUUUUAGGCACAGUUGAGUUGUCCUCGAUGGGGUGCUGUCGGUUUUCUCAUGUUGCUUUGAAAACUCACACAUCAGAGUACUGAUUUACAGACUUAUUUUACAGCUGACAAAGAGUUGUUGUUCAACUCUGUUGCGUUGUUUGUGCUUUAGUUACUUCAGCAUUUCGGUCCAAGUCCAUUUUGUCUUCCUGCUGCAGCUCUGUUGUGUAUCAGCCUUCCUUGUGAUUGAGGUUCCUGGUCAACACAGCCCUAAAAAGACAUCUCUCUUCUCAUAGAAAGUUCAAGCGGUGAUGGAGGCAGACACACUUGAGGAGCAGCUUCUCGUCUAUGCUAAAGAGGGCAGUUGUUCUCAUAUACAGAGGCUCCUUCAGUUGAGGAUUGACCAAAGCAGCUCUUUCAACAUCAACUGCAGAUCCAGGUCUAAAGCCAGUUCAGGAUGGACACCUCUCCAUCUGGCCUGUUAUUCUGGACACAGGGAUGUUGUGGAGGAGUUACUCAAGGCGGGUGCUGAUGUGAAUGUGCAGAAUAACAUGGGUGACACACCUCUACACAAAUCAGCCUACACCGGAAGAAAGGAGAUUGUUCUGCUGCUGCUGCGGUAUGACGCCUGUGCCAACAUAAUCAAUGGAACAGCUCAAAUCCCUAAAGAUGUCACAGACGAUGAUGAAAUCAUUACCAUGCUGGAGGCUGCAGAAAGAAGGGAGGGGAGGCGGCGGCAGGAGAGGCUUCUAGACGCAAGCAGAGAGGGGGACAUCUCCACUUUGUCUAAGCUGCUCAGUGGAAAGGAAGCUGUGGACAUUGACUGCAGGGACUCGGUGGGGAAUACGCCCUUACACUGUGCUGCCUACAGAGGGCAGAAGCAGUGCAUUAUAAAGCUGCUGAAAUCUGGAGCCAACCCGAGUAUCAAGAACAACAAUGAACAGACAGCACUGGACCUGGUCCGUACUGAUGAACUGAAACAGAUUCUAGCAGCCUAUCAAAACAAGGAUGUGAGCAAUGGAGUGCAGAAGAUUGAAGGCCCUCUUUGGAAGAGUUCACGCUUUCUGGGAUGGCGAUCCCACUGGGUGGUACUUGAGGAUGGCACUCUCUCCUGGUACCCCAGACAGGCUGAUGCACAGGCUGGUGUCCGGAAACAGGGCUGUAAGUCUCUAACACAAGCCUACUGCAUGGUCAAACCAUGGGAUCAUUGCGUCUUCAUGCUCAGGUGCUUUGAUGACACUGUACUUUAUUUUAAGGUCUCCUCAAAGACAGAUUCAAUGGCAACAAGAAAAAGAUGGUUGGACGCUUUUGAGGCACACUCAUCCUAUAGCACUUACCACUGCACCCAGCAACACAUUACUGAUGACGGUGAUAGUGGCACGGCAGUGGGGAGUUUGACACAAGUCCUUCAGGCUGCCAGUGCUUGCCAGCUGAAAUUGGAGAGUGAAGUGUCAAUAUUUUUAUCUAUGGUGAAGAAUGAGGAGAAUAAUGUAUUGGCUGCCCCUCUUCUACUGAAAGCCAAAGAGACCAGUGAGCUCUCCAGUGAAACCUGUGCUGCUCUCCAUCUCUGCCUUGAACUGCUGACAAAACACGAGGAGGUUUGGAGCCUGAAGUUAGAGCAGGAGGUGGAGAAGAACAAAGCUCUGACAGAGGCCCUGCAGACUUUGGCAACUGAGCACCACGAACUCAAGCAGUCCCUGUGUAAGAGCAGGAGGUUGUCCACCCUCAGUACCCUCACUGAAGAUGACUUCUAUGACGCUUUGUCAGAUGAGGAAGGAAAAUGGAAGGAAAUGCUUUCAACACAUUUGGCAGUCCUGAUACACACAGCAGCGCACUUUGAGUCGGAGUCGGAGCUCUCUGUGAGCGGCUUCCUGUCUGUGGCCAGUCACUCCUGUGAAGAGGACGAGGGGAGAGACACCCCCCUUCGCAGCAGCCUCCGCCAUACCAACGCACUCAGGGGGCCUACCGGAAUGUCAGGGGAGGGUAACCAUAGCAACCAACCAGCCCAGCACAAUGGCGUCAAGAAGCACAGAACAUCUCUACCGGCUCCCAUGUUCUCCAGGAAUGACGUCAGCAUCUGGAGUAUCUUGAAAAAAUGCAUCGGCAUGGAGCUGUCAAAGAUUGCCAUGCCUGUGGUAUUUAAUGAGCCUCUCAGCUUCCUUCAGCGGCUAACAGAAUACAUGGAGCACACCUACCUCAUCCACCAGGCCAAUGCUACAACAGACUCUGUCGAGAGGAUGAAGUGUGUUGCAGCAUUUGCUGUGUCAGCUGUAGCAUCACAGUGGGAGAGGACUGGGAAGCCCUUCAACCCACUACUGGGGGAGACAUAUGAGCUCAUCAGAGAUGAUUUGGGCUUUAGGUGGGUGUCAGAGCAAGUAAGCCAUCACCCUCCAGUCAGUGCCUUUCACGCUCAGGGCCUCAAGGAGGAUUUUGUCUUCCAUGGUUCCAUCUAUCCCAAACUCAAGUUUUGGGGUAAGAGCAUAGAAGCAGAGCCCAAGGGAAUCAUCACACUGGAGCUGCCCAAAUAUAAUGAAGCCUACACUUGGACAAACCCCACCUGUUGUGUCCACAAUAUCAUUGUUGGUCAGCUUUGGAUUGAGCAGUACGGCACCGUGGAAGUGAUCAAUCACAAGACCGGAGAGAGAUGCAACAUGACGUUCAAACCCUGUGGCAUCUUUGGUAAGGAGCUCCAUAAAGUGGAAGGAUACAUCCUAGAUAAAAGCAAAAAGAAGCUCUGUGCAAUGUAUGGCAAAUGGACCGAAUGCCUAUACACAGUAGACCCCGCUACCUUCGAUGCCCACAAAAAGUCAGACAGAAAGAAUUCAGAGGAUAAAAAAGGCAAACGGAGCAGUGUGGAUGAGGAGCCAGAAGAGAUGCCUCCACCUGAUGCUGAGACGGUCCAGGUCAUCCCAGGCAGUGAGCUCAUCUGGAAGAUAACGCCUCGACCAGACAACUCAGCCAAGUUUUAUGCAUUCUCCUCAUUCGCCAUGCAGUUAAAUGAGCUAGAGAAGAGCAUGGAGGGAGUUAUUCCACCCACAGACAGUCGCCUCAGACCUGACAUUAGCGCCAUGGAGAAUGGAGAUAUAGAUCUGGCAAGUGCAGAGAAGAAAAGACUUGAGGAAAAACAGAGAAUGGCCCGGAAAAAUCGCAACAAAUCAACAGAGGAAUGGAAAAACAGGUGGUUUCAGCAAGGACCCAACCCUUACACCAAAGCUCAGGACUGGAUCUACUUGAAAGGCUACUGGGACAGGAACUACACUCAGCUGCCCGACAUCUACUAAUAAGUAGAAACACACAGAUAACAUACACAUGGAUACAUAUAUAUAUAUAUAUUUACAACCUUUGAGCUUUAUCUGCUGGACUGGGGGUUAUAUCAGGUCACUGGGAAAUUGAAAGACAAACAAUCCAUGUAAAGAAGCUGAUACAGAACAGAAGAUCGGCUGUUGAGUUCAAUUUGAAAAAACAUGCUUAAAAAUUGUCUUUAAGCUGUCAAAAGCCCAUAAAACGCUGAAUGAACCAAGAACUAUAUAUUCUUCAAUAGACCCGUGUGAACAAUAAAGCACAAAAGCUAUUUUUUUUCUUAUUUAUUGUGGUUCUUGGCCACAUAAGUAUGGUAUAGACAUGUAUUGGAAAAAAUAGAAUGUAUUUUACAUAUAUUUCAUGUUAGAUGGAGUGUUUAAACAGCAACCUCAGUUUUAUUGUGUGUAGUUUGUCCAGAAUUCCUGCUGGUUAUGAAAACUCUUCCUCAUCAGCUUCAUUGCAGACACACAGUGGUGAUGCCGCCAGACUUGGCUACAAUGGAGUGCAUGAUGCAGUACAAGCUCACUGAUCAGGAAUCUUUAAUCCUACUUGUGCAUACAUUAUGUGGUGCAAAGUAUUAAAAUAGACCAUUUGGAUAAAUUUGCCUUUGUUCUUGCAUCCAAGUACAAUGAGAGUUGUAAGAUAACUAGUUUAACUGGAUGUGUUCAAAAUUUGCCCGAUUGCAAUCGAUUGUAAACUCAUGUCUAGGAGUUUCCCUGCAUCCCUGUUUCUCUGCAAAGAUGAUGGCAAGUAAAAUGUUUCCAUAUCAGAUCAAUACUACAACAAUAACUUUUUGUAUAAUAAAAUAAAUGUCAAAAAUAUCAAACCCUCAACUACUUACUGUAUAGAUGUGUAUAGAGAUGAAAACCGUUGCACAUGUCUACCUGAUUGUAGACGCAGUAGCACUUUUUUCUGAUAGCUACAGUAUACUGAAGCAGGGACGCUGCCCUGCCCAUAUAGAUUUGUGUGUGCGUGUGAAUAAAGGUCUUGCCAUAGCCAAGUAUGACUAGAUAUUCCUAGUGCUGUACGCAUAAAUCUCACCGAAAGUUUCAAUAAUUGCAUGUGCAUCUCUAUAACUAUGCAAGCCUUACCUCUUUCACCAUCAAGCACUGAAUAUUUCUCAUGUUGUGGAUAGCUAUAGGUUAGUUUUUUUUCUGUUAUGUCACUCUUUGGCUAUCAAAACAGAAUUUCUAUUGUUGCUAAAUAAAAGCUUAAGUAUAAUUGAA